CACAAAUAACCUCAAAUUUUUCUGAUUUAGGAUUAGGUUAAUCAUUGUUUAUCGUUUUUAUUUGGAAAAUGACUAUUCAUAACAUUUACAUAUUUAACAAAAACGGAAAUCUAUUAUAUUAUCACGAAUGGAAUAGGAUAAAGCAAACUGGAAUGACUCGUGAUGAGGAAGCAAAGCUCAUGUAUGGAAUGCUCUUCUCUAUUAAGUCAUUUGUAAACAAAAUAUCUCCAACAGAUCCAAAGGAAGGAUUUCUGUACUACAAAACAUCCAAAUAUACUUUGCAUUAUUUUGAAACAUUAACUGGUUUGAAGUUUGUCUUAACUACAGAUAAUAAUGCACAGUUGGUUAGAGAAUUACUUCAACAAAUUUAUAAUCAGGUCUAUGUAGAGUAUGUAGUGAAGAACCCAUUGAUAAGUCUUUCUGAACCAAUAGAAUCGGAAAUUUUCAAAAUAAAAUUGGAUGCACUGAUAAGGCAAUCAUCAAUUUUUAUUUCUAAGGCAGCAUAAGCUUAGUUUUAAAUGUGAGAUAGGGAUUAUAUUCGAUAUAUAAUUCAUUCUUAAAAAAUUUAAAAUAUGUAGUUUGUAUGUACCAUUUGAAAAACUUAUUAGACAUCGCGAACCUCAUCAUAAAAAUACUUGAGGUUUUCAUUUAUGAAAAUUGUGAAAGAUAUUGUACAUUUCAUUAUGUGGAAAUUUAUAUUAUUAUUGCCAAUAAAAAACUUUCAGAAUAAAA